GAGCUACCAAAGACGGAGAGCGACAUCUACAACAUACUCAGCGCACGAGGCUCCGCGCUCGUGGAAUGAUGGAGGACGGUUCGUCAAGCUCAUCUUCCGAGGACUCGGACUCUUCCAGCUCCUCGUCCUCUCGGCCAGGCAUCAAGAAGGAGGAAGCCAAGGAGCUGAAGACCAAGAUCGAGGUUAAAAGUGAGGAAGAGAGCGAAAGCAGCUCCAGCGAGGAGGAGGUUGAUGAUGAUUUGUCGGAUUUGGAUGCCGAAGAGGAAGUUGACCUAGAAGACGUGCAAGGACCAGGGGCCAUGGGCAUGAAAGACCUUAUCGUGACAGAGGAGCCAGUGCCACUGGAUCCGAGUUACCCAGGGAAUUGGAUCGGUGCGCCACCCCUGGGAGCUCCGGGUUUCAACAGAUUCGCAGCCAGAGUCAUGUGGAACGCCGGCAUCGGGAAGAAAAAAGAGCCAGCCAUCACACAAGGAGGAUGCCCUCCGCUGCAGCCGCACCAGAAGGCGGUGGCAUUCCUGCUGCACCCGCAGUCCCCAGUGUCACGGCUGCUGGUGGACCAUCCGACUGGCUCAGGAAAGACCAGGGAGAUGAUCCAGGUGCUGGACAACUAUUUCUUGGAUCCACGCCCGAAAGUGCCCAUUUUUCCAAAGGACCCCGUGUGUCGGAACUUCUAUGUGGAGCUGCUCCGCUGGCCCAGCAGGUACAGGGAUUUCUUCUCGUGCCUUAGGCCGCAGGACGCAGUGCAGGCUUGUGGCUGUUCCGAGUGGCGACGGCGUCGGGCAGAGCUCUGGGAUUUGGCAGAGC